ACAGGGACGACUGAGGAACCAUGAGAGGAGUCAGGCGCCUUCUAGAAUGGGCGCUACCAUGGCUCAUUCUAAGCCUUGGACUAUCUGCAGUCUCCUCUGUAGAAUUUCAAAAAGUGGGAAAAAUGGCAGUGAUUAAAGAAGCGAGAGGUUCCCACAUCAACCAGUUCUGCAGUACAUGGGGGAACUUUCUUUACAAGACUUUUGAUGGGGAUUUCUUCCACCUUCCCUCCACCUGUAACUACAUCUUUACAUCCCAGUGUAAGGGCAGCUAUGAGAGUUUCAAUAUUCAGCUCCAGCGACAGGAAGUGGAUGGGGAAAUCUCCAUCUCCAGAAUUCUGAUGAAACUGGAAGGGAUUGUGGUGGAGUUUGCCAACACUUCCGUUACGGUCAUGAAUGAACCUGUCUCCAUGCCAUUCAGUCAGGGUGGCAUUUCAAUUGAGGAAACCAUGUCCUAUAUUAAAGUCGAGGCUAAGUUGGGUCUGACAUUAAUGUGGAAUCAAAAGGACUCCCUCUGGGUGGAGAUGGAUGCCAAAUUUAAGAAUCAGACCUGCGGCCUGUGUGGUGACUUCAAUGAACUCAAGCUUUAUGAUGAGUUUGUCCAGUCAGCGGCUUCCAUAAGUCCUGAAGAAUAUGCGUUGAGCUGGAAAGUUGAUAGUCCCACUGAAACUUGUAAAGUAGUUUCUUACCAGGCUAAUGCGAAUUGUUCAGAUGGGCAAAAACUCUGCAAGAAGUUGCUGUCAGGACCUGAAUUUAAAAGCUGUCGCAAACUAAUUGACUCCGGGUCCUUCAUGGAAGCUUGUGUGAAAGACUACUGUUACUGCAACAGCAACAGCAGUGCAUGCUUGUGUUCGACUGUGUCUGAGUACGCCCGGCAGUGCGCCCAUGCAGGUGGACAGCCAAAGCAGUGGAAGACAAAACAACUGUGUGAAAAAACAUGCCCUUUCAACAUGGAGUAUAAGGAGUGUGGCAGUCCCUGCAUUGACACCUGCAAAUACCGGCAGAAAAGUCAGCUGUGUGAUGAGCACUGUAUCGACGGAUGUUUCUGUCCUUCUGGUACAAUCUUUGAUGAUAUCUCAGAAAGUGGAUGUGUUCCUGUUGAGGAGUGCCCAUGUUUCCACAAAGGCGAGACAUACAAUACUGGGGAAUCAAUCAUGAUGGCAUGUCAAAACUGCACCUGUUCAAAGGGUGAGUGGAGCUGCGUAGAUGCAAACUGUCCUGCUGUCUGUUCCAUCAGAGGAGGCUCUCACUUCUCCACCUAUGAUGAUAAGACAUACAAUUUCCAUGGAAAAUGUUCCUAUGUUUUGUCCAAGAUUGAAGACAAUGCUUUUACUGUGCUUGGUGAUUUCAACAAAUGUGAAAGGUCUGAUAAAUCAACUUGCCUGUCUGCCAUCACUCUGCUGUAUCAAAAUCACACGGUAAUUGAAGUUAAAGACAGAAAUGAAGUCUUGUAUAACCAACGGGUCUUUGAACUUCCUUUUUUCUUGGGUGACAUUAAAAUCUUCCGUCCCUCUACAUUCUUUACCAUCAUCCACACAAACUUUGGACUUGAUCUCGAGAUUCAGGUCGUACCAAUCAUGCAGCUCUACAUCAGAGCUGAUGUCUCCCUGAAGAGUAAAGUUAUGGGUCUUUGUGGAGAUUUCAAUGAUAACUCACAAGAUGACUUCAAAACUACAAGUGGACUUCCUGAAAGCACACCAGUGGCAUUUGCCAACACAUGGCGGGCCAAACCAAAUUGUCCAGAUGUUGAAAAUGACCUUACAGAUCCCUGCACUUUAAGCAUUGACAAGAACAAAUAUGCAAAAACCUGGUGCUCCCGCCUGUCAGACACAAAUGGGAUUUUUUCACAAUGCCAUUCUAAAAUAGACCCACAAGAGUACUUAGCUACUUGCAUUUAUGACACUUGUGCCUGUGAAAACAGCGAGGACUGCAUGUGUGCCGCCUUGUCCUCAUAUGUCCACGCAUGUGUUGCUGAAGGUGUAUUCCUGAAAGGCUGGAGAAAAGAUGUUUGCGACAAAUACAUGACAUGCCCUUCGACACUUGUGUACAAUUACAAAAUGACGCACUGCGGUCGAACUUGCCGCUCUCUGAGUCAGUCGGACGCGACUUGCAAGGUUGAGGUUACCCCAGUUGAUGGCUGUGGUUGUGCUAAAGGAUCUUUUCUAAAUGAGGAAGGAGUUUGUGUAUCAGCUUCAGAGUGCUCCUGUCAGGCAGGAAACACAGUGGUACAGCCUGGGGAGACGGCCAAUGUCCAAGGACGAACAUGCACCUGCCACGCUGGAAAAUUUAUUUGUAAAGGAGAGCCAGUAGCUAAGUCAUGCACCAGUCCCAUGGUUUUCUUCGAUUGCUCAAAAGCAAAGCCAAAGGAAAAGGGGUCGGAGUGCCAGAAUAGCUGCAACACAGUGGACUCCGAAUGUGUGAGUUCACAGUGCGUCUCAGGGUGUGUGUGUCCCAAUGGCCUGCUGUCAGAUGGGAACGGAGGCUGUGUAGAAGAGGAAGACUGUCCUUGCCCCCAUGAUGGAAAAUACUAUAACUCAGGAGAAAAAAUCCAAGCGGACUGUAAUACAUGCACAUGCAAAAACAGGAAAUGGGAAUGCACAGAAAAUGACUGUGGUGCAACCUGCACCAUAUAUGGAGAGGGGCAUUAUAUUACUUUUGAUAAAAAGAAAUUUGCCUUUAAGGGGGAUUGUGGCUACAUCUUCUCUCAGGAUUAUUGUGGAGACGAUGUGAAUGGCACCUUCAGAGUCCGGACUGAAAACAUCCCAUGUUUUGAUAGUGAAAGCAUUUGCUCCACCAGUAUUAAACUCUACUUGGGGAGGAAAGAAAUUGUACUGUCAGAUGAAAGUGUCAAAGUUAUCAGUCAAAGCAAGGGGAUUGACAUACCUUUUAAAGUCCACACUAUGGGUAUAUAUGUCGUCAUUGAGGCAAAUAAUGGUCUUCUUCUCAUCUGGAAUAAGAAAACAACAAUCAUGAUCAAACUCAGCUCCGCAUUCAAGGGCAAAGUCUGUGGCCUGUGUGGAAAUUAUGAUGGGGCUAUCAAGAAUGAUUUCACUACCAGAAGUAACGAAAUAGUAGUUAAUCCAACAGAGUUUGGAAACAGCUGGAAACUGUCUCCCUCCUGCUCAGAUGUAAACACCACACUGAGCCCGUGUGCUCUGUACUCUCAAAGACGUGCAUGGGCAGAAAAACACUGCAGCAUUAUCAAAAGUGAAGUGUUUUCUGCCUGCCAUGACAAGGUGGAGCCAGAACAGUACUAUGAGGCUUGUGUGGCAGAUACGUGUGCCUGCAACACGGGAGGAGAUUGUGAGUGUUUCUGCUCAGCUGUAGGAGCAUAUGCAGAAGCAUGUAAUGAAGCUGGAGCCUGUGUGAAGUGGAGAACCCCCACCAUCUGCCCUCUAUUCUGUGACUACUACAACCCUGAUGGAGAGUGUGAGUGGCACUAUGCUCCAUGUGGAAAGUCAUGCAUGAAGACAUGUAGGAAUCCUUCAGGGAAAUGCUACAAUAAACUUCCACCACUGGAAGGAUGUUAUCCAUCAUGCCUGCGGGAGCAGCCUUUUUUUGAUGAAGCUAGCAUGAAGUGUGUGUCUGAGAAAGAGUGCGGCUGCUAUGAUGAAGAUGAAAACCAUUACAAGGAAGGAGAGUCAAUGUCUGCAAAUUGUCACAAGUGUUCUUGCUCUUCAACACAGCUGACAUGUAUUUAUGAUUUGAAUGCGUGCACCUGUGUAUACAUGAAUAAAACCUACAAAUAUGGCGAUACAGUCUAUGAAACACAUGAUGGAGAUGGAACCUGCAUCUCGGGUGUUUGUGGACCAAAUGGAACCAUUAUAGUAAAAAUGGCACCAUGCAUAUAUACAUCAACAACAACACCUUUUACAUUUACCACAACUGCAAGUACUACAAAGCAGCCUGUAACUACAACUGCACCUAUCCCAACACUCACAACCCAAGCAGUAACAUCAAUUCUGACUUAUUCAACUCCAAGAUUUUCCACAAGAUCUAAAACGACAACUGUGCCUUUGUCCACUUUACAUCCAUCUUCAUCAACUUCUACAGUCACUGAAAGUCCCAAAACUGAAAUAGUAUCAACCACAACACCUUACAUAGAAACACCUACCCCAAGAAGAGAGACUGAAACAUCCACAGUCACAACAGCUCAAACUGAAAGUACUACCACCACACCC